CAGCCGGACCGCUAUCAGUAUAUCGACGUUUUCCCCUUGUUCCAAAUUUUUAAGUAUGGCUGCGCUUUCGCUCCGCAGCGGUCCGGCACUUCUCAAAAGAAUACACGGAUGUCUGCUGAAGCCCAGAGAGUUCAGCCGCGUCAGCGCAAAUACCGCGCACUCAAAUUCUGUGACAGAAGCAACGCUAAAAGAAGCGGAGCCCCCAAGUCGGAUCCCUGGAUCGAGUAUCCUGCAGUCUUUGGCAAGGGUUUUUCUGCAAGGAUACUUCCGGAAAAUGCACGAAUUACAGAUUUAUGAAAAGAAGAUGUAUGGUCCAAUGUGGACAACUACACUGGGGCCCUAUAAACAUAUAAAUCUGGCCAGUGUGGAGUUGAUCGAGGAGUUGAUGAGGAAGGAUGAAAAAUAUCCAAGAAGGGCAGAUAUGUCUAUCUGGACUGAUCACAGGGAUAUUAGAGACCUUGGAUAUGGACCAUUUACUGAAGAGGGGAAAAAAUGGUACAAUCUACGAGCAAUUCUGAACAAUCGUAUGCUGCGUCCAAAGGAUUCUGCACUAUAUGAAACAGUAAUAAAUGAUGUGGUUACUGAUUUUAUGAAACGAAUUUACUACGUGAGAGAGACAAGCACCACCGGGGACAUGGUCCACAACAUGGCAAAUGAGCUGUACAAGUUUUCUUUGGAAGGUAUUUCAAUGAUCUUGUUUGAAUCUCGGAUUGGUUGCCUGGAAAGUGAGGUCCCCGCUGAUACACAAGGGUUUAUAAAUUCAAUUGCAAAAAUGAUGUCCUACAGUGUGUUUAUUUCCAGUCUGCCAAAAUGGACACGACAAGUCUUGCCAUUCUGGAAACACUAUGUUGCAGGAUGGGAUGGAAUCUUUGAUUUCACUAAGAAACUUGUGGACAAGAAGAUGGAUGAAAUACAGUCUCAUUUGAUGAAAGGCGAAGAGAUAAAAGGGGAGUACCUGACCUAUCUGCUAUCCAAUGGCAAGCUUGCCACCAAAGAUGUGUAUGGAAGUGUGGCAGAGCUCCUGCUGGCUGGAGUUGAUACGACAUCCAACACCAUGACCUUUGCCUUGUAUGAGCUGUCUCGGAACCUGGCAGUCCAAAAUGCUCUUUAUCAUGAAGUACAAAAACAGCUGCCCAAUAAGAAGAUACCAACCGUUGAAGAUAUUUCAAACAUGCCUCUUCUUAAAGCUGUCAUCAAGGAAACUCUGAGAAUGUAUCCAGUUGUUACUACCAAUGCCCGAAGCAAUGUUGAAAAAGAAGUGAUGAUUGGUGGCCAUUGGUUCCCCAAAAAUACACUAUUUGUAUUGUGCCAUUAUGCCAUAAGUCACGAUGAAGACGUUUUUCCAGAACAUUGGAAAUUCAUACCAGAUCGUUGGUUAAGAGAUGGUCGGGCCAGACCUAACCCAUUUGGUUCAGUUCCAUUUGGGUAUGGUGUGCGAGGGUGUGCUGGUCGCAGGAUUGCUGAACUUGAAAUGCAUCUGUUGCUUGCACGGAUAAUCCAACAUUUUGAAAUACUGCCUGAUUCAAAGAUGGGAGAGAUUAAAUCACACAAUCGCAUUGUCCUGGUGGCUGACCGGCCCGUCAACUUGCACUUUGUUGAAAGGCAUGAAAGAUCCUCAUUUAAUUCCAGCCAGGAUUCGGAUACUUCUAUGCAUAAACAUAUGGUGGGAUAAAAUAGGCAGUGGAAGGAGCGUAAAGUUAAUUGGCUCCCAGUAAUGUCUUCCCUCUAAUAUUGUAUAACACUGUGCUUAGAUGACAAUGACAAAGGAUGAUAGAUAAAACAUUCAUAUUUUGUCUCACAAGUGACCCUAUGAUGAUGAUCAAUUUAAUAAGUUUAACUUGAUACAGAAGAGAAAAGAGCAGCCAUUGAACAAAACUCAAAGUCGCAUUAUUGAAAAUUUCACUCGAGUGCAGUUGGUCUGAAAAUCUGGCUGGUAUGUAGCAUUUUACUUUGUGCUGUGGCAUUGAUAACACAGUUUGUAAAUGUGGAACAAUAUUCCUUGUUUUCUACCUCAAAAACCACCCCCAUUCCCAAUUUUUUUAGUGAGAUUCUCAAUAGCCAAAUUGUCAACGAAGUGAAUUUUAGUGUCAGUUUGCUAAAACUCUAUGCGAAUACAAAGUUCUCUGUUUUGCUCAUCACUACUCACCAAAAAUGUGUCAUUUUUUUAUUGUAAACAUUUUUUUAUUAUUUUAAAGAGAAAAAAGGAAACAACCAAAUAAGAUAAGUUCAACAUAAAAAAAAGAAAAAUGAAUAAGUCCCCAUCCCACUGGUGCCCAUCUCAAAAAGUGCUAACAGCAUGCCUUACUCAUCUCGGUUAACAUAAAAUAAAUUAACAUAAGCAUAAAAAGAUAUAAAAUAAGCUCCUCCAGGAAUUUAUUAGAAAUUGAUUGUUCUUUUUCCAGCAAGAUGCCAGGAGGAUCAUUGCAAUGAAGAACUCAGUAAAAUCAGUUUCUUAUUAGAGGAUGAAAAGGAGUACAAUGAAAAAUUAAGGAGUUAAAAAAGAGCUGUAGAGAACAAGGAACAAAGACAUCAAAAAUGACUGCAGGAUCAAAACAUAUAAAAAAAGAAGCUAGGCACUUUAAGACAGCAUAAAUUACAAAUUGUGACAGGAGCUAAACCUGUUAAAUAUUGUUUUAAAAGAAUUGUACAAAUCUUAUUGACAAUUUUAUAUUGAAUAAACUUGUGAUUCGAGCUUUUGGGACAGUUUUUGAUUCCUUUAAAGAUUGAGUCCCAGUUCAAGGCAGAGGAGGAGUGCAGUUCUUAAUCCUACCUAAAUGAAAUAGCAAGAUGCUUUUUUAGUGAAUUGAAAGAUGAAUGUUGAAUCAAAAUUGAAAAAAGAAAUACAUGAGAUAGGGGAUGAUAGAGAGCUGCCACAGGUUUUGAGCUCUAGAUAAAGGGAACUGGUGCAAGAAGGUAGUGAAAAUGGAGUAGGCAGAUUUUGAUGAAGUAAAACACUUAACUGUGUAACCUCUGUGCAGAUCAGCACAUCUGAAGGAGACUGUAAUAUGUCAAAAACCAAAGUGAACCAUUUUGGAGAAUGUGGCAGCCUCUUAAAAGGGUAUCCCUUAAUAAUGUGACACUUAAAACAUUUGUUCCUUUAAAAUCUUUUGCCUAUUUGAUAUACUGUAGAACCAUGCCUUUGUGUAGUCCAUACUACAAUUUUCUUUUUUUUUUUUAAUUACACUUUUACCUUUUCCACACAAGUUGUAGUUUAGAACUAGCAUACUGAAUGAAAGCAGUAGGGAAAUGAAUACUUGCCAUGGCCUACUCCAUAGAAAAAAGCGAUACAGUGGCAUUAUGGUUGAAGAAAUGUCCCACACCAAACCAUUGCUGUUUGCGCACGUAAUACAUGUAAACGGGUCUUAGGUUAUGACAGUUCUGCAGAUACAAAUGACCACAUAAAGCCACUGAAUUUUUCUUUUCAGCUGACUUUAAGUAAAUUUUCAUCUGGUGACUUCCAUUUUUUACGGAUGAAUGAAGCAAGCUUGUUAGCAGGUGUCACUAACAGCAAGAAACAGUACUGCGCUCUACAGACUUUGCCAUCACUCUCAAUCAUUGUUUGUGCAUGCGUCAGCGAAUGUAACUGUUAGUACAUGCAUCUCCGUGUAACCUAUGUCACAGCUAACCAGCUCUUUUGGCAGGUGACACUUUAACCAAGCGGGAAAAGCCACUACUUGUAAUUCCCAGCAGCAUAAAUACACAUCUAAGCUGUGUCAUCACAGUGAGUAUAGCUGCGGGAAGGGGAAAAAAUAUUCGUAGUAAUCAUUUGGCAAAAACAGCACGUCUGUGUGGAGAAAUAAAUUAUCAGUUAGUGGUGGGUUUUCUUGCCAACGUUAUCACUUUUUCAUCUCUGUAGUACUGCAUCUUUAUUAACUCUUUUAGGGCUGAUGUCGACUUUUGUCAACAAGAGGGGUUGAGGUUGGUGAUCAACUGUAAACGGUGACAAAACCCACCGUUAUGUUUUAGUUUGACUCUCUUUGCUAGAAGAAAAGUUAGCUUGGUUGGUCUGACUGAGAUUCCCUGUGCUUGCAUGAGUAGUGAAGAGCAAACAACAGCAAAAAUGGUAUCGUCAUUUGGCAAGAGAACAAAAUGAAAAUACUCAGUGGAUGACGUUUUGUAAAUUAUCACUGAAUUGGACUCUGACUUGUUGGACUCCGAUUUUGAUACAAGUGAUCUGGAGAUCGAGAUCAAAAAUGAAAGUGAGGUAUCCGCAUCAGCUGACCGGUCCCCAGCUGAUUGUGGUGCUCAACACAUACCUGUAGCUGAUACACCUAUGGCAACGUUUGCCUGGGUAGACCGUCACUUACAGGGUAGACUGGGUAGACCGUCUUGUUUAUUGACAAGCGGUACAAACCAGAUUGCAUUGCACUGCGACUGUGACUUCCGCUACCACCCCUGCCAUGCAAAGUCAACUUGGCAGCCAGCCAUGAGUGGCUCAAGCCACAAGAAACAGCAAACUGGUGGCCAUAGCACACAGCAACAGACAUUUUAUAUUGAUUUACAUGUGAAACUGUUGCUUUGUGUGCUUUUCAGAAAACUGCAUUUCUUGGAAAAAAUAUUCAGCCCCCAAAGAGUUAAAGACUUUAAAACGAUUAAACAAAAUGUCGACAUACUAUACAUACCCAUGGUUCAUUUUAGCUAAAUUAUUUGCAUUUUAUGAUUUAAAUCACGGUAAUAUUUCUUUGCUGUCAUUUUUUUCGGUAGAUUUUCAACAGUUUCUCUCUAAGUAAUAAGGAAUUGUACCUGUUUUCCAUUUUCCUUUUUCAAGUUGCAUAUGAAAUCAGAUUAUAAACGUCGCCAGGAACAGAGCUUGUCUGUAACCUGAGGGCCGUCUGUAAUGUAAUUUGAGACCUUCUAAGCAAAAAUUGUCGCUACAAAAGUACUACUUUUAGUUCUCUAUAAGCAUAACACUCUUAAGGGACAUUUGUAAACUGUACAAAUUUUAAAUAAUGUAGUUGUUAAAUUGCUAAACAGUACAGCACAUUUUAUGGAUAAGAACCUUUAUGUUUCUGUUAUACCUAACAAUCAUGCAUUCGUAAAAAAAAAUCAUAUUAUAUUUUGAAGGUAUAUAUCGAGGUGCUAUUUUGAGCUAUUCAUACAAGGUGCAAGAUUUAAUCGAUAGCAUACUGGCUAUAUCUCUUCAGACUGUAGUUUGGCAUUUGGCCACCAUUGUGAAGCAGCUGGAAGAUUAAGGCUAUUUAAGUUCACAGUGUGCACAAAAAGGUGAGCCAUUCUCUUUUCGGUCUACUGAUGGCUAAUGACAGUAUUGCCUAUGGAGGGAAGUCUUGUCAGACUGAAACACAUUUUGUCUUAGAGACUGACAUCCUCCUUUUUAAUAAAACAAGAUGCUUCAUGAGGAAACAAAUGUUGCAUAUAUUAUGACAAAUAAUUCAAAGUCCCAUUAGACUUGGGGUUCACAACCCCACAGUGUUUAGAUGAGAAUAAAGUGUCACACAAAUUUUAUUUUUUAUUCACCCAGAUAACUUAAUAAAACAAGUUACUAAGUAAUAAUCUUACAUGAACUGUUUUUUGGAAAGAUGAGAGAAUGAGAAAAGCCUGGAUUAAAUGUCCUGAUCCCUUUAACUCAUCUCUCAUGUUCCUGUGUUGUUCAGUGUGAUUAUUUUCUAAGAGACCACUAGAUGACAAUACGGCACUGCAUACUUGUAGAUACCAUGCCAGAAAUGCAUUUUUGGAAAAGUUGUGUGGGUUGGCAGUGCAGCCAACAUGAUGUGUGAAGACACUGCUAGUUGUGUCCCAAUUUUUACCUCUAAUGAAUUGCAGUAUAUACAUUUUUAACUUCAAACAUAACAACCCCUUGUGAAAAUUGGUUUUAUUUCUUUAUCAGUCUUUGUGAAACUCAUCAGUUCCAGAGUUUUAAACCAUUUUCAUUAUUUGAAAUAAAAUGUUAGUAAACUCAGCUUUGCUCUGCAACUUAGCAGUAACUAAAAAUUCCAUGCAGAGUAGUGUUAACAUGUCAUAACAAAAUUGCUAGUUCUUACCAUGUGUCAAAUUUAUAUUAAAAAAAAUAAUUACCGUACAUAAUUUUUAUUUUGAAGAGAAAUGUUUUAUGUUAUAAUGACAAGUUGCAGUUCUAAAUAUUUUCAGUUCUAAGUCAAAUUACUAUAUUUACCCAGCAAUAACAAAACAUUCUUUCACUUAAUCCACUUCAGGACUGUAAGCAACCAAAUCCUGUACCAGCAGCACAAGACUGGAACAAAUCCUGGACGGGAUGCCAACUUACAGUAUGAUAGGGGAUACACGUACCCACACUGACACAGCUCCACUUUGGAAAUGCAAGUGUACUUACCAAGAACCUCUUUUGGAAAUAAC